UAAUAAACUGAAUGGUGGUUCAGAGGUGAUUUAUUUAGUCCGUUGACCUUUGACCACCUAGAGGGAUGGGUGUGUCCCAUAUUAUGUCCGGACUCUCUUGGCAAAACACACCGGAAGGGAGGAGGGUCUGUCUCUGUCGGUCUAGCUAUCUGUCUGUUUGACGUCGGGGGUGUUUGUGAUGGCAGAGCUAGCUCACUAGGAAAGGCGACUAUACCUUUAAGUGAAAGAAAACGAAACAAGUAGCAAUCAGCGGUAUCGCUGGGUUGCCUAGCUAGUUUACUGGACCUACAGGGAAUUUCGAUAUGAUUUUUGUUAAACUAAUUGUCAUGUUUUGCUGCCUGCGAGAUAUUACAGGUCAGUUUGGGAACCCCUUGGAUAAAUAUAUUCGCCAUUAUGAGGGUUUAUCAUAUGACACAGAAGUCCUGCACAACAGUCACCAGAGAGCCAAGAGGGCACUCUCUCCUCAAGACAAGACUGUGCACCUGGACUUCCAUGCACAUGGAAGACAUUUUAACUUGCGGAUGAAGCGAGAUACAACUCUAUUUUCCCCAGAUCUCAUCAUUGAGGUAUCAGGAGAGGUGGCACCCGUUGAUACAUCACAUAUUUACAGUGGAGAAAUCUUUGGUGAAAAGGGCACUCUGACCCAUGGCUCUGUGGUUGAUGGGCGCUUUGAGGGCUUCAUUAAAACCCACCAAGGAGUAUACUAUGUUGAACCCUCGGAGAGAUACCUAAAGAACAAGAAUGUUCCCUUCCACUCCGUCAUCUAUCACGAGGAUGAUAUCAAUUAUCCUCAUAAGUAUGGCUCAGAGGGCGGCUGCGCUGACCACUCGGUGCUUGAGAGGAUGAGGAAGUACCAGGCAUCUGUAGUAGAGGAGCCGCUCAAAGGGGUGAACAGUGUGUCGUCGGAGGAGGAGGAGGAGAGCUCCCAAGGUCCUGUUAUUCUGAGGAGAAAGAGGGCAGCGGCGAAAGAGAAAAACACUUGCCAGCUCUUCAUCCAGACUGACCACCUCUUCUUCAAAUACUACGGCACAAGAGAGGCUGUCAUUGCCCAGAUCUCCAGCCAUGUAAAGGCUAUUGACUCAAUUUACCAGGCCACAGACUUCCUGGGCAUCCGAAACAUUAGCUUCAUGGUAAAAAGGAUCAGGAUAAAUACUACCAACGAUGAAAAAGACAAAACCAAUCCGUUUCGCUUUGCCAACAUUGGAGUGGAGAAGUUUUUGGAGCUUAACUCUGAGCAGAACCACGAUGACUACUGCCUAGCCUAUGUCUUCUCUGACAGGGACUUUGAUGAUGGGGUUCUUGGCUUGGCUUGGGUUGGGGCUCCUUCAGGAAGCUCUGGAGGCAUCUGUGAGAAGAGUAAACUGUACUCUGACGGAAAGAGGAAGUCUCUGAACACUGGUAUCAUCACUGUGCAGAACUACGCCUCCCACGUCCCUCCCAAGGUGUCACACAUUACCUUCGCUCAUGAGGUUGGGCACAACUUUGGCUCUCCACAUGACUCUGGGAUUGAAUGUACCCCUGGAGAGUCUAAGUUGCAAGAUAAAAAGGAGCAGGGAAACUACAUCAUGUAUGCCAGAGCCACAUCAGGGGAUAAACUCAACAAUAACAAGUUCUCAAUCUGCAGCAUCCGCAAUAUAAGUGCUGUUCUGACGAAGAAGAGAGAUGACUGUUUUGUUGAGUCUGGCCAGCCUAUCUGUGGUAAUGGACUAGUGGAAACUGGAGAAGAGUGUGACUGCGGCUACAGUGAUCAGUGUAAAGACGUCUGCUGCUAUAAUGCCAAUGAAGGGGAGGGCCUAAAGUGCAAACUCAAACCUGGAAAAAUCUGCAGUCCCAGCCAAGGCCCAUGUUGCACACCAGAGUGUACUUUCAAGGGCGCGAAUGAGAGUCCGUGCAGACUGGAGUCUGAGUGCGCCCAAGAGGGCAAGUGCAAUGGAGCUACUGCUCUGUGUCCUGCCUCAGAACCAAAGGCAAACUUCACCUCUUGCCAUUCUGAAACACAAGUCUGCCUUAAUGGGGUAUGCUCUGGUUCCAUUUGUGAGAAGUAUGGUAUGGAGGUAUGCACCUGUGCCAGCCAAGAGGGCAAGGAUGAGGCAGCUGAGCUAUGCCACGUGUGCUGCAUGGAGAAAAUGAAGCCCAACACCUGCAGCAGCACAGGCUCAGAGAAAUGGGCCCAAUUUUUCAACAAGAAGACCACAACACUGCAGCCUGGCUCACCCUGCAAUGACUUUAAGGGCUACUGUGAUGUGUUCAUGAGGUGUCGUCUGGUGGAUGCCGACGGGCCUCUGGCAAGGCUUAAGAAAGCCAUCUUUAAUGCAGAACUCUAUGAGAAUAUUGCAGAGUGGAUAGUGGCUCACUGGUGGGCAGUGCUGUUGAUGGGCAUCGCUCUUAUUAUGCUAAUGGCUGGCUUCAUCAAGAUUUGCAGCGUCCACACCCCCAGCAGCAACCCCAAACUUCCCCCACCAAAGCCACUGCCAGGUACACUGAAACGGAGGCAACAGCAAGCAAAUCAACAGGCACAGGGCCAGCGCCUCCCCCGUCAGCACAGAGAGAACUAUCAAAUGGGACAGGUGAGACGCUGAGACGCUGGUCUGCUCUUUGCCUUGGUCUUCCUAGUGCCUACAAUGGGAGCACUUCACUCCAAAGAGUUACCUUUACCACCUAUUGCAAAAUUCAAAGAACUUGCAACUGGAUUGAUUUCAAUGGACAAAGCCCAAAGUGUUUUUUGGGCCUAACAAACUCACUCAGCACCUCUGCUCUGAGAGCCAGAUUAGCAGAGGUUCACACAGCUUUUAUAGGAAAUAAAUCACUUUUCCAAGGAAAGACAGGAGGAGAAAUUCACUGAUCUGUUGUGGUCUUAAUCUUUGAAUGCUUUUUUUUUUUUACAAGAAUGGAGGUGAGAGAAGCAGCUUUGUGUUAGAGUCACCCUCCUCUGUCCUUCAUCUGUGCUACCUUUUUCUUUUCCUGUUCUUCCUCUCUGAAGUGCUGCCAUCAUCAGCACGAUGGCAGGACUGCAAGUCACAUAGGUAUUUACUGCCAAUCAAAAUGAUGCAUUGAGUUGGAAGAAAACUCAUUUCUUUGCCAAUGUUAUUAGAUUGUUUUAAAUCAAAGCACCAUCAAAAGCUUGUUAUUUCUAAAUCAUGUUCUUUUAGUGUUUAAUUACAGGUGUUCCAGUAGUUUUUUUCUGUUUUAAAUUAUAUAGAUUUUCUUUAUGAUGAAGAUUAUUUACUGUUUAAUUCACUUUCUCAGGAUUAAUAAAACAACGGCAAACAAGUGUAUUGAGUGCAAAAGUUGGCUGCAUGCUUAUUUUAGGGUAAAAUCCCUCCUGGCUGAAAUCUG